GCCGCCGAGCGGGGCCCGCCGAGCCGCUGCCGCGCGAACCCGGAGUCCCCGGCUCUGUCGCCCCCGCCGCCGUCCCCCCGGGCGCUCAGACAUGGGCGGCCGUGCCAGAGCGCGCCGGGCGGCCGCGGGGCUGGGCGUCGUGGGGCUGCUGUGCGCCGUGGUGGGCGCCGUGCUGAUCGCCGCCGUGCCCCCGCUCAUCCGGCAGAUGGUGCUCAAGAAUGUGCGCAUCGACCCCAACAGCCUGUCUUUCAACAUGUGGAAGGAGAUCCCCGUCCCCUUCUACCUCUCCGUCUACUUCUUCGACGUGGUCAACCCCAACGAGAUCCUGAAUGGCGAGAAGCCGCAGGUGCGGGAGCGUGGGCCCUACGUGUACAGGGAGUUCCGGCACAAGAAGAACAUCACCUUCAACGACAAUGACACCGUGUCCUUUCUGGAGCACCGCAGCUUCCAGUUCCAGCCCGACAAGUCCCAGGGCUCCGAGAGCGACUACAUCGUCAUUCCCAACAUCCUGGUCCUGGCUGCGUCGUUCAUGAUGGAGCACAGGCCCAUGAGCCUGAAGCUGAUCAUGACCCUGGCAUUCAGCACGCUUGGGCAGCGCGCCUUCAUGAACCGCACGGUUGGCGAGAUCAUGUGGGGCUACGAGGACCCGCUCAUGAACCUCAUCAACAAGUACUUCCCCGGCGUCUUCCCCUUCAAGGACAAGUUCGGCCUGUUUGCCGAGAUGAACGACUCCGACUCGGGCGUCUUCACGGUGUUCACCGGGGUCAAGGACUUCAGCAGGAUCCACCUGGUGGACAAGUGGAACGGGCUCAGCAAGGUGAACUUCUGGCACUCCGACCAGUGCAACAUGAUCAACGGCACCUCCGGCCAGAUGUGGGCGCCGUUCAUGACGCCCGAGUCCUCGCUGGAGUUCUACAGCCCCGAGGCCUGCCGGUCCAUGAAGCUCGUCUAUCAGAAGCCAGGGGUGUUCGGGGGCAUCCCCACCUAUCGCUUCGUGGCCCCCAAAACCUUAUUCGCCAACGGCUCCGUGUACCCACCCAACGAGGGCUUCUGCCCGUGCCUGGACUCCGGGAUCCAGAACGUGAGCACCUGCAGGUUUGGUGCACCCCUGUUUCUCUCCCACCCUCACUUCUACAAUGCUGACCCGGUCCUGGCAGAAGCCGUGCUCGGCCUCCACCCCAACGAAGAAGAACACUCUUUGUUCCUGGACAUCCACCCGGUCACCGGGAUCCCCAUGAACUGCUCCGUGAAGCUGCAGCUGAGCCUCUACAUGAAAGCCAUCAGGGGCAUCGGGCAAACCGGGAAGAUCGAGCCUGUGGUGCUGCCGCUGAUGUGGUUUGGGGAGAGCGGGGCCAUGGAGGGCGAGACGCUCAGCACGUUCUACACCCAGCUGGUGCUGCUACCCAACGUGCUGCAGUACGCACAGUACGUCCUCCUGGCGCUGGGCUGCGUCCUGCUGCUCGCCCCUGUUGUCUACCAAGUCCGCAGCCAGGAGAAGUGCUAUUUAUUUUGGAGUAGUAGUAAAAAGGGCUCGAAGGAUAAGGAGGCCGCUCAGGCCUACUCUGAAUCCCUGAUGACGCCAGACCCCAAGGGCACUGUGCUCCAAGAAGCAAGGCUGUAGGGUCGCCGGCAGAGCCUGGCCGCCGGCCCGGAGCAGCCCCCCGGCCCCCACACCCCGCUCCUCCAGGACUCGCCCUGCGGACCGCCCGC